AUGGGCGGCUUGGAUGGUGAGCAAAAACAAUUGAUCAAGAAGUUGGUCAACUUUCGCAUGAAAGAAGGUAAAAGAACGAGAGUUCGUGCUAUUGUUUAUCAAACUUUUCAUCGCCCAGCUCAAACUGAACGCGAUGUAAUCAAACUGAUGGUUGACGCCGUAGACAAUAUAAAGCCCAUAUGCGAAGUCGAAAAAGUAGGAGUAGCAGGUACUCUUUAUGAUGUCCCUGGGAUUGUAGCCAGGGAUCGUCAACAAACCUUAGCUAUUCGUUGGAUCCUUGAAGCAGCUUUCAAACGACGUAUAAGCUACAGGAUAAGCUUAGAGAAAUGUUCAUUUGCUGAGAUACUUGAUGCUUACCGAAAGAGGGGAAUUGCACGUCAGAAAAGGGAGAAUCUUCAUAGACUGGCUUCCACCAAUCGAAGUUUCGCGCAUUUCAGAUGGUGGUAA